UUUAUUACGGUACAUUAUGAUAAACUAUACAAUACUCUUACGUUGAAAAAGAAACAAAAAUACAAAUAAAUAAAAAAUAUUUUAAAAUAUGACUUUAGUUUUAAGCUUCUUUUUCGUAUUGAGUUUUAACGUGAUCAUUUUCAAUCUGCCUUCGUCACAUGGAAAUAAUUCAGGAUACCAUGUUUCAACCUUAAGCCAAAUACUUACACCUUCUGAACUCAUAAGAUUUAAUAAUUAUGGAAUUUUACCGAGUAGGGUUUACUACUCAUAUUCGAAACAUGCAUACGUGGUAAGAGGACAAGCAGGCACAUAUUAUAAAAACGAUCUUCAAAGAAAAAAAGGAAAGAAUAAUAGAGGUUAUAAAGCCAUACCUCGAUGGAAAUAUUACUUGAGUAAAUUGUCACCGGCUGGUUUAAUCAACUCUCUGUUCGGCCAUUCCGGUAAUACAGGUGACGAAGACAACUUAGAUGAAGAUGUAGAUGAUAAUGAAGAAGAUGAUGAAAACAAUGGCGAAGCAGAUGAUGACAAAGUUGAUGAAAAAGAUGGUAAACCAGAUAAUGAAAAAGUUGAUGAAGAAAAUGAUGAAAAAGAUGGUAAACCAGAUAAUGAAAAAGUUGAUGAAAAAGAUGGUAAACCAGAUAAUGAAAACGUUGAUGAAAAAGAUGGUAAACCAGAUAAUGAAAAAGUUGAUGAAAAAGAUGAUGCAAAAGAUGAUACAAAAGAUGGUGCAAAAGAUGAUGCAAAAGAUGAUACAAAAGGUGAUGCAAAAGAUAAUGCAGAAAAUGAAAAAGCAAAUAGGAGUAAGCAAAAUAAAAAAUAUUCUGGAAUGCUUCCAAGUGGUCGAUUUUCAAAGUUUCCUAACAUGCAUAACUACUUUAAUGGCAAAGGUACUAAAGCGGAUGAUACAAAAGAUAAGAGUAAUAAAAAUGAUAAAGAGUCUGGAAUGUUUCCAAGUGGUCUAUUUUCAGGGUUUCCUAACAUGAAUGACUACUUUAAUGGCAAAGAUAAUAACAAUAAUGACAAAAAAGAAGAUACUAAUGCGGAUGAUGCACCAGGUUAUACACAAAUGGCGAAAGAUGCGUUACAAAGUGACACAACUAAAGAACUUAUAAAAACUGGAAUCAGUCUAUUUGUACCUGGAGGAUCAGGAAUUGUAACGGCAAUGGAAGCUGGUUCAAAAUUAGGUUCAAUGACUGACAAAUUUAAAAAACCGUGAAAAUUUUAAUAAUAGUAAUUUUUAUUAUUAUUUCUUAUCGAGUUUCAGAUAUU